GCGAUUGUGCAGCAGCACAACAGGCUGACGCUAGAGGAUGCGGUUGCGUUCUCGGCUCUCCUGGGCGAUUCGGGUGCAGGACCACUUGGUCGCGCUGCACUAGGCGUCCUGGGGAAGUGGAGACCUAGUGAUAUGCUCUCCGAUGAGCAGGAAGCACAGGUGAAGGCCAUGCGGAGACGACUGGUCAAUUCGGCACAGAAACUUAUGGGCGCUACUCUGGGCAAUAUGGAUCUGAGCAAUGUACGGCUGGUGGUUCUAGCGCUGGCACGCAUCGAGGCUACCUACGGGAUCUGUGAUGGUAGAACCAGUUGGGAGCUCACCGAUGCAAUGUACAACUGGAGUUUUGGUGUCCUGUGCGGUCAGUAUGUCGCCAACAGGUCUGCCUGGGACCUCCUGGACUCUGCUGACAGCAAUUAUGAUGCGACAACUCCUUAUGCCUUUUCAGAGUUCAGUCAUCUGCAACUGCUAUCGGCGAGCACAAUGCUAGCUGUUAAUGUUGCCAUGGUUCGGGGCAGCACCGACGACAAGAUCCGGGCGAGCGAUCUGAUAACAGGCAGCCAUGGUAGAUAUACGAAGCAGCUGCUGAAGACGACCUGGAAGUGGGCAGCGUCGAUGGGCACAACUGUCGCAAUUUUAGGCGCGCUGGAUGAUAUGUUGACGACUACGAGCCAAGCCAUGCAUCACACAAGCACGACGAUAGACGAAAUCGAGCUGGUGCUGCUAGAUCGAAUCAGCUGGCUUGCCAGCACAUUGGAGCAAGGGGCUGAUGGUCUCGAGCCCGGGAAAGUGCCUGCUAUCUUGUGCUUCCAGGCUCAUACAGCACCGUAUGCCGAACGAGGGAGUGGAAUGCCCGGGCUGCGAAUGAUCGAGAGGUGGUCCGAGCUAACCAGAUCGCAGCUGCCACUAUCCUAUCGCAACAGCGGGCCACCAGCAUAUGUCGCCCAGCGGAUAAUCACCCUGCUGGCAUCGUUCCUGAGCAGCCGCCAGCGCGAGCACAUCGACUCCGAGUCCCAUGCUGACGACCACCAGACGCAUCAGCUAUGGAAUGACCGUGCGCUGAACUCCCUCAGUGCUCUCAACAACAAGGGCGUGGGGAGGCAGUACCAGUCGUUCCUUGUGCAGUUGCAGGGAGACUUUGUCCAAGCAAUGAACAACUGGAUCACACACGCCUACGAAAAACUGCCGAUGCCGCUGGCAGCACAUGCCAAGAAGGCACUCAGCCGGCGGCUACUAACUGUGGCAACUGAGGCGGAUGCGAUUCUGUGUUCGUUUAUGCAGAUCGACAGGACGACAUUGGCAUGGUUGCGACGCGUGCAGAGCGCCCUGGGCAGUGCCAUUGCAGGAGGUACUCAUGUGGACAUGCCAAUGCUGGCUCUUGGCCCUUCGUUCUUCGUGGAGUCAGCAAACCCUCAGAUCGCAAUAUCGACGCGCCCCACACUCGAGACAGGCGAUUCUGCUCGUGCUGUGCUUGCCGUUGAAGGGUUGCAAGGCGUAUGUGUAGCAGUAUGGCUUGCACAGCAACCGCUGAACACUGGCGACGGUGAUCUCGAAACCUACGCACAGCACACAGCCAUCGCGCAGAGCCGGCAGCCGGCAAUCUGCUGGGAGCAGGCGAUCCAGGUGAUGGCGCCGCUCAAGGGCACAUUCUUUGAAUGUGGGUGUGCUGUGCCCAUGCCACAGCUGCGGUACAGUUUGGGCAGCUUCGACACCAAUACCCGUGUGCAUCUGCAUAUCAGCUGUGCGCUGGUGGAUAACGUCGGUCGCAAAUGCUUCCCUCUGGUUGUGUCUACCACAUUCCGGGCCUAG